AGAAAAUUUAAUAACAACUCUCUUCAUCUCUCUCUCUACUCCACUUUUCUAACCCAAAAAUCAAACCCAAAUUUCCAAACUUUCAAAAUCUCUCCUCUCUCUCUCUCUGUUACAAGAAGCUUGCGAGUUGGGUCCAAAGCUUUACUCAUCAAUCCUCCUUCUUCUUCUGCCUCCUCUUCUUCACCACUUUUUACUUUGCCCCUCCCCAAUACCCACAAAAGCACACGCCGAAUCUAAACAUCAUAUCACAUCAAUGGUGUGUUCUUCUUUUAGUACCGCCCAUAAUCCCCAAUGAUUAUCCCCUUUUCAUGCGCGAAUCCCACUUCCUUUCUUCGUUUAUCGCGAAAGCCAAAUGUCUUGGUCAAAAAUCCCUUUUCUUUUUCCCCGGAUCUGUUCUUAAUACGCUUUUAAUCUUUACCCUCCCUGAGAGAGAGAAAAAGAAGCAAGCUUUAUUUGAAUUUUCCACUGUUCAAAGUUUCGAUUUUUAAUUUCGAUUCGCCAUGGUUGCAGAAGCUUGGAUUGUGAAAAUGGGAAACCAAGUAAGUGCCAAUCUCAAACACGCUCUUCUUCUAGAAUCUUCCACAAAGAAAACCCCUAAAACCUCUCUCCCUAAGCAAACAAUUGGGAUCUUAUCCUUCGAAGUAGCCAACAUCAUGUCCAAAACCGUUCACCUUCACCGUUCCCUCUCCGACAACGAGAUCUCAAAGCUCAAAUCCGAGGUAUUCCGGUCGGAAGGAGUUAGAAAUUUGGUAUCUUCCGACGAGAUUCACCUCUUAGACCUCGCCGUCUCCGAGAAGCUUGACGAUUUAAGCCGUGUAGCUAGCGUCGUGUCUAGGUUAGGGAAAAAGUGUAGCGAACCGGCUUUACAAGGAUUCGAGCAUGUCUACGAAGAUAUAGUGAAUGGGGUAAUCGAUUUUAGGAAAUUAGGGUUCUUGGUGAAAGAUAUGGAGAGUAUGGUUAAGAAGAUGGAGAGGCUCGUUAACGCUACUUGUAGUCUGUAUUGUGAAAUGGAAGUGAUGAAUGAGCUUGAACAAGCGGUAAUGAAGCUUCAGCGAAGCCAACAGCAUCAAGAGAGUGUUAAAGCUUUCGAACAGAAGCUUAUGUGGCAGAGACAGGACGUGAGGAGUCUCAGAGAUGCUUCACUGUGGAACCAAACUUAUGAUAAAGUUGUUGAGAUGUUGGCUAGAACGGUUUGCACAAUCUAUGGCAGGAUUGAGACUGUUUUUGGUGGUUUGGCUUUGAGAGGGAAAAAGGAUUCGACUUUGAAGAGAGAUCGUAGCAAGAACGAAGCCAACAAGCUCGUUAACUCGAGAUCUGUCGUGAGUUUUAAGGAUUCAAGGAGAAGUGAAGCAGAGGAGUUUAGUCGUGCAGGGGAUUUCAACUUUCCUUGUGGGACUAAUCCCGGGAGGCUUUUCAUGGAAUGUCUUGCUAUGAAUAGCUCGGUUUCUAGGACUAGCGAUGAUGAUGAGGAUUAUGAUGGUGAUGCUGGUCGUAUCAUGUUUCCUUUAAACACAGCUCGAACUAUGCGGACUAGUAAGUUUGAUUCUAAAAGCAGAUUAACUCAACACGCUUCGGUUUCAACUAUUGGAGGGUCUGCUUUAUCUUUACACUAUGCAAAUGUUGUGAUUGUGGUAGAGAAGCUUCUCAAGUAUCCUCAUCUAAUAGGUGAAGAAGCAAGAGACGAUCUUUACCAAAUGUUACCUACGAGUUUGAAAACAUCCUUGAAGGCUAAUCUCAGAUCAUACUUGAAGAACAUUUCGAUCUACGACGCUCCUCUAGCUCACGAUUGGAAAGAAACGAUAGAUGGUAUACUUUCUUGGCUUGCACCUUUGGCACACAACAUGAUCAGAUGGCAGAGCGAACGCAACUUCGAGCAGCAUAAUCAGAUUGUGAAACGAACCAAUGUGCUUCUACUUCAGACGCUUUACUUUGCUGAUAGAGAGAAGACAGAAGCUGCGAUUUGUAAGCUUCUUGUUGGGUUGAACUACAUUUGCCAUUACGAACAGCAGCAGAAUGCGUUGCUGGAUUGCGCGAGUAGCUUUGAUUAUGAAGAUUGUUUCGAGUGGCAAAGCCAAUGCCGUGCAGCUUACUUGGACUAACAGUUGGUUUUGUUGUUUCGUUUUUAAGUGUUGUUUUAUAGAUACAUUUGUUUAUGAUUCAACACAAUGUGAAUAUCUAAAAUCUCUAGUCUCGUUUGCAUACAUAAAAAAAAGAUUUGUGGAAAUGAAAUUCAGUUGGUUAUUACU